ACAAACGCGCCGUGUGCAGGUUCAUGGAAGUGUUGCAAAGAGAGUCUCUUCUAGUUUCGGUUCGGGACGCGUGGAACGUAGACCACGGUGGAAUUUGCAGCUGGCUCGUGUCGCCUCCUCUUCUUCGUGCUGAUCGCCGACUCUGUCCUUUGUAUAUCUACGAUUCUGCGCGACUGAUAUAGUGUAAAAGUUAGAUGAGCAUUAAUUCGCUCAUCGGAGCCGGUAAAGUUGCAGUGCAGUGAACCGAAGAAGAGUGUCUCGUGUUGUGUCUUAUACCUUAAGUAAGUAACUGUGAGCAUUAUGCAAAGGAUGGAAGGGAUGGGAACGAACGUUGCUUUGUGAAAAACUCUGAGUCGAAAAAUCUUCAGACCCAAGUGUGGCUCAAUGAAAGCGGAAGUGACGAGCUAGCAGAUAACGGGAAACGAUGUCAUCGGAUCGGAUACACAGGGCGGCCAAGGAUGGCCUGCUGGACGUGCUCAAGGAGACGACCCGGGCCGAGGCCAACUCCAAAGACUCGGACGGCAUGACGCCGGUGCUGUGGGCGGCCUUCGAGGGCCGGCUCGAGGCGCUGAAGCUACUAGUCGGACGGGGCGGUGAUCCGGACAAGUCGGACCAGUUUGGCAACACGGCGCUUCACUUGGCAUCCGCCAAGGGACACAUGCAGUGCGUGGACUUUCUGGUUCAGUUUGGAGUGAAUCUGUACGCGCUGGAUAUUGAUCACCACAGUGCGCAGGAUUUGGCCGCGAUCAACAAUCGGGACAACAUUUUGCGGUAUUUGGACGCGGCGGCGGGGAAUCUGGAGGCGGUUGAUAAGAAAAAGGUACGCGAUAUGAAGGAGCAAGCAAAGAAGAAGUCAGAGAAGAAAGCGCGCGAGUUUGCAAAGAAGCAACAAAAGAGUGAUCAGACGAAUGAUGACGAUACCAGGAUUAGACCUCAUCGACCAUCGAAUGUGUUGCAAAAGUUGAAGCACAAGAUUUGGUCGGGUAGUCAGGGUAACCUGAAGAACUCCCACAAAGACAACGGACAUCACAACUCGACUAAAUUCAGUGCCCUCGUGGGAGGAACUAUGACGGGAUCGAGGGGAGCGGUCAAGAAACGGGCCGAAGCGUCCAAGAUGAGACAACAGAUGGAGAAUGGAGGGUUCAAAAUAGGUGAGGUGGAGUCAACGGGAAAGCGUAGUGUCCGCUCGAUCCAGGGACUCCAGAGAGAUUCGGAGAUUUUGUACUGCGGGACGUUCACCUCGUCGGAAGACAACAGCAAACGGGGCAACAUCAAGGACGUGUUCGACGUGGAUUCCAACGGCUACGAAGAGGUUGACGAUGACAGCGAGAGUGGAGGAUCGAACGUAAAGUUCAACACGAUUUCGAGAUCGGUGAGCCAGCCGGACUUUUUGGCGAACAUGAACGAUGACCUGACGAACGAUGUGCUGCUGCAGAGCCGGCCCAGUCUCUUCAACCGACCCUCGGGGAACUUUGCUAUGACACGUUCCGUUUCCACCGUGCUGGCACAGCUGGGCAACGAACAUUCGGCGAACGAGUCCUCGGACAGCUCGACGAAACCCAAACCAAAGCACGGCCCGAUCAAGCCCCGCUCGCAGCUGGUCAUCUCGGACUCGGAAAGCGAACCGGACAGUUCGGACAACGAGGAGAGCGAUGCGAUAGCCAUGCUGCGGUUUUUGGCGGCCUUCAAGCUGGAAGACUACUAUCCAACCUUCCAAAAGAACGAAAUCGACAUGGAGACGCUGAUGCUGCUAACGGAGGGGGACAUCAAGUCGCUCGGGCUGCCGAUCGGUCCCCAUCGAAGGCUCUGCAACGCUAUCCACGAGCGGAAGGAAGCGCUCUCCAGUCCGGGCACCAUUCUGGACAGUCGUCUAUGAAGGCCGACACGGAAUCAUGUGAUUGUGCAUUUAGAAGCGCGCUGCUGCCGUCGAAAGGUGGUGUUGUGUAGAAAUAUGGCUUUUACUUGUAAAUAUUGAAGUAAAUUAUUGCAAACUGA